GUCGCGCAGGAAGGACGUCUCCGACCAUGAACCGAGCUAUAUUUUAUCAGUUAUCCGGAGGUGUCGGCGCGCCACGCCGUGUCGCAGUACGCUCCAAUAUGACCCUCUAAUAUUACGAUACUCAGUGACGUUUUGCAUUUAUAACUAGACUGAAAGCAACAUAGAUCUCAAGAUAAGACUUAUUUUUAUAAAUUUCUUUAUUUUUAAGUGACGGUUUUCUGUGAGGUGUGGAUUUAUUUUUAAGUGUCAGUGAAAACAUAAACAAACAUUUCACAAUAGGAUUUUACAAUUUGGAUUUUCAUCAAUUUCUUCAGCGCAUCGGGACUGCAAGCCUAAUGGUACAAGUUACUUCAAUACACUGAAAGUAAUUAUGACAAUAGUAAAUUAAAGGACCAAGGACACAUCUAUCAAAAUGAGACUGUCAACCAGCGAAGAAGUUCCGAGCACGACAGUGGUGGGCCGCACAGGUAGUCCUGGAGGCCCAGAUGUAGUGAAUAGCGUGUCCAGCGCGAGCGCAUAUGAUGUAACACGCAUGCGUGAGGAGGAGUUUGAGAGGCUCACAGUGUACAUCGUGCCUGACGUGCCUUGCGAACGGGGCACGCCCAACCGCGCCGAGAGGACACUCCCGCGCAGUCUGGCCCUCAGACCAUCUGCAGUAUUAUCCACUCCCAACACACCGACUGAAGGUGUAUGGAGUAUAGGUGUAAUACCGCGUGGAACACGUUUCGGGCCCUUUGAAGGCACCCGAACACCGAACAAACCUAAUGACAAGGUCUCCUGGAGAUAUUAUUGGAGGGUACAGGAAACUGUGAGGCAUCAUACUUAUGGAAAUAUUAAGAUAUUUAAGGACAGUGACUAUUAUUACCUGGACGGUUCCGACACCAGCGUAGCAAACUGGAUGCGAUAUGUCGCGUCUGCGUACUCUCUCUCCGUGAUGAACCUCGUGGCUUGUCAACAUCAGGAACACAUUUACUUUUACACAAUCAGAGACAUCAUGCCAAACGAAGAGCUCAUGGUGUGGUAUUGCAAAGAUUUUGCAACAAGGUUGGGGUAUGACAUCGAUCCUGAGAGGGCCACAUAUUCCAUCUGUAAAGAAGAAACCAUUAAAAAAGCUUAUGGCUUGCCACCAGCACCUGUGCAUCCUGAAAUAGCAUUCAAUCACAUGAAAUAUGUUCUUGGAUUAACAAAUACCAAGGACCUGUUAGAAGCUGAAAUCCCGACUCGACGGCGAAAGCGUGAAGCUACUGACAAACCUUUUCAUGAAAAUCCUACGCCUAUACAUCGGGAAGAUCCGAGAUGUAUUAAUAAAAAUGACAGGGUGGUGCUAAGAGCAGACAUUUCCACCAAUAUUAUUCAUAACAAAAGCGAAAACUCAAUUGUUACAGAACAAAGAUCAUUAUCGCCAACUAGCUUAAUGCCUUCACCAUCACCGGUCAAAAUGCACAGGGAAAAUCCUACUCUAAUAAUACAUCAGCACAAGGAGAGUACAUCCCAAGUGGUUAUACAUCAACUUGAAAAUCCAAGAAUACAGAGUAACAGGUCUCCUGCCCAAUGCCAAACGUUGAGGGACAUGCGUGGGCCAUCCCCAAUGGCGCAAAAUGCCCAAGAAAAGUUAGGAAGCAAAUCUCCUGUACUAACUCAUUGUGUGGGGCCACACUAUGAGCAUCAACUGACCCCCAAUGAUGGAUCUGUGCGAUCAGAUGAAGGAUAUCAUAGCAACGGCUAUCACGAUGAAUUCACUCCUCCUGAAGAUUCGAGUGAUUCCGAUGUAGAAAAUUAUGUACUUGACUGUUCCAAUAAAACUAAUGAACCCAAAGAAACAGUAAUAGUCCAAAAAAUGGAUCAAGAUAUGCAUCGUAACGAAUAUAGAAAAGUUAAAAUAAAAAUGCCAAGAGCAUACCAGUACCAGAACCACAAAGACAUGGACUGUGAAAGUGAAAAAGAAUUAGUAAUUGCUGAAGAAAUUCCUAAUACUCCACAAAAUUUGUCACCACCAAGACGUGACCCUGCCACAUCGACUGUUAUAGUACUAGAAUCGUCUCAAAAUACAGUGGUGCCACUAACCAAGCCAUACUAUGAAGACGGCGCUUUGUCUCCAUCUCCGCAACCGGCGUUCAUGAGAUAUUCUCCACCUGAUACGAGAAUAUUGGAAACAAUAUUGACUGGAAACAGGAUCGAUACAAAUAACAAUGAUCCUAAUCGCCGUCAACCAAAUGCGACACCGCCACCUUCAUCUCCUACUGAAAUGGCUUAUUCAUAUAAGAAAAGUCAAAGGUACGGCAAUGCUUGCAGUCCGGACUCUAGCUCGAAUUUGACUCCUCUGCCAUCCCUAUUGCCACUGCCACAGCAGCUGCCUACACCCAGCGCUGCUUCACUAUAUUCGUCGUCACCACCGCACACUAUCCCGCAUACUACCGAAAUCCGAGAAAUUAGAGAAAUAAGAGAAAUUCGUGAGACACGGUAUGAAAGUCACUAUCCUAACUAUACCUACAACUUAUAUUCUCCUCCUAAUUCUACGAUAAUAACUCAACUAGGAUCACCACCCAGCAAUUACUCGCCGACAGUGACGUCAUCUCACCAGUACGAGAGGUCACAGAAUGUUCAAAGUAAUCACCACUAUCCAUCAUCAACCAGUGUGAUUACACUAAAAAAUUGUUCACAAUUAAGUCUAAUUCAAAACACAAAUGUAAACAGUCAAAUGGUUCCUCAACACGGCAGCGUCAGUCCUGAUGGUUCAUGUGGGCUCAUGGGAGCACCAAUGAGUCCUGGCUCACAAUCUUCUCGAGGGUACAGAAGCCUACCUUAUCCACUUAAGAAAAAGGACGGGAAAAUGCACUACGAGUGCAACGUUUGCUGUAAGACGUUUGGACAACUUUCCAAUUUAAAGGUUCACUUGAGAACGCAUUCAGGCGAGCGCCCGUUCAAAUGCAAUGUCUGUAGUAAAUCGUUUACACAACUUGCACAUCUACAGAAACAUCACCUAGUACAUACCGGGGAAAAGCCGCACCAGUGUGAUAUAUGCAAGAAACGAUUCUCCUCAACAUCGAAUUUAAAAACUCAUCUGCGUCUACAUUCAGGACAAAAACCAUACGCGUGCGAUUUGUGUAUGCAGAAAUUCACACAAUUCGUACACUUAAAACUUCACAAGCGGCUACAUACGAAUGACAGGCCAUACGUGUGCCAAGGCUGUGACAAGAAGUACAUCAGUGCUUCCGGGCUACGCACGCACUGGAAGACCACUAGUUGUAAGCCGAACAACAUCGAAGAAGUUUUAGCAAUAACUAAUGCAGCAAACACUGAAUGCAUUGGUAACGUCGACAAAGACUGCCACGAAAGAGAGGGGCACGAGGCAUACGAGGUGCACUCUCCAUCACAGGGCGGGCUGGUGGGAGCCGGUGGGGCGCGUGUGGCAAUGUCGCACGAGGUGGUGCUGGGAGGGCAGGCGCACCAGGCGCACACUACCACGCCGCACCUGGUGACGCACUCGCCGCUGUCGCCGCACGCGUACCGCGCGCUGCCGGAGCACGAGCCGCAGUACGCGCCGCAGCCGGCCGAGCCGCGCGCCAGCGUCAUCGAGUCCAGCCAGCCCCUCAUCAUCGAGUGCACCUGAGCCUUGUUGGCGCAGCACGCACUCGCCGGACGCGUGUUUCCCCGCCGCAUUAUGUGAUUCCAGUCUUGUGAUCUAACGAAAGUAUUUCGUAAAAACAUUCGGACGACUAGUUCGUCCCUUGCAGUGGCUAUGAGAUUACGAUAAUAAACUUUAAGUUGUACAUUUGUAAGAUUUAUAACUUGUAAAUGCGAUGCGAUAUUAUAAGUACUAAGUACUUGCGUAAUGUUAGGCCCUUCGGGAAGUGUAUCAUAUUAGGUUAAGGAUUUAAAUAUUACAUCCAAGAAUUCUGCAGCCUCUGUUAAUACUAAUGCUCAAUUUUAUAUAUAUUAGAAUUCUAUUGUAAAUAGGAUUUUGAGACAUCGACUUAUUUAAUUUUUUACACGAUAAAGAUGUAUGUACCUACUUCCAGAUAUAAAUGUCUUCGUAACAGUGUUAUCGAGAUUGAUGACUAUCCCUAAUUAUUUGUUGUUCAAUUAUAAGUAGUAUUAAACAUCAGCAGUACACAACAGUGCUACUAUAAUAAAUUUUCACCAAAGAAUAUCUGAACAGCAAUGAAGUGCCGAGUGAAUACAGUUUUGUGAAAUUAUUUGAAUCAGUCCGAAACACUUUAUAAAGCAACUGAUUAACGGUAAGUGCCAAAAGCACGUUUAUUUUUAAGUUAAAAUUAAAGAGAUGAGCGUAUAGUAUUUUUAAAUUGUUGUUCCUAAUGAAUAUUUGGAAAGUAAGCGCAUGAUAUGUGCAGCAACGUAAUUCUAAUGUUAUUUAGAUUAAAAUUGUCAAAUUGUGUACAUUAUCCCUACGCUAGAACAAAUGGUGCUUCACAUCGUAGAGUAGUGGUUGCUCACAUCGUACGCGCCGCACACGCAUGCGCGCGGCGAUGGACAUGUACUACAUUGUAAUGUUAAUUCACCGAGUCUACUAGUUACUAUUUUAUAUUCCCAAGUAAUUAUGAUUCUCCUAUUCGAAAAGGCUGAAAUAAUUAAAUGUAAUGUAAUGUUUGGCAAAUAUUAAACGUAAGUAAGAGUUGGUUUACAUUACGUGUAACUUGUGCAGUCGUGGCUUGCAAGCAAACUUCGUGUGUAAUAUUAAAUUCGCAGCUUAUACGUGAUGUAAAACCAAACGAUAGCGUUUUGUAUAUUUCUAUUGUUCGUACGAAUAAGAUUUUUACACGCAAUCCUUAGUAGAUUUAUUAACUGUAUAUUUUAUACUGUUUACAGGGCAAAAGAAUUUGUACUUAAGCCUGCUGACGUGUAUGGCUUAUAAUAAUUAUAUCGAGUUCACGAUCAUGUUAAAAUUUCGGCUGAUUUCGACGUUGACGUUACUCAUCGGAUUGUUUAAAGUUACAAUUCUUUUCUCGUGAAAACAAUUAUUUCUAUUAUAGUAAUAUUUAAGUCCAACACUUUUCUAACCACGUACAUAUUGCAUCCAUUAUUAAAACUGUAAAUUAUGUCUAAUAGAUACUUAAACUAUGUUUCUGAAUUAAAGUUAGAUCGUUAAAAGAAUUGUAUUAAUAAACUUUCUUUAUGGGCGAUUAUAAUAUGUGUAUUAUAAUAUAUAGAUGUUUGUAUAUUAAUUGUAAUUACUAUUUUUGUUAAAUCUUGUGAUUCAAUGGAUCUGUGAAGUGUUUUCAUCUUCCCUAAUUUGAGCAUGGUACCUUUAGAGAUGUAAAAUUACAGGGUUCUUUGCGUGUUCCUAUCGAAGGUCACAUACUUUAUUAGUAAACGACUUUACUAAUUACUUACACGGGAAUCGCUAAUAUUAAAAACUUUGUUGUGAAUUACGACUUUAUCUACUUAUAUUUUUUUACAAAAUCGUUUUCAAACGUCGAAAUCAUCUAUGUAUCGAUUGUAUUCAUCUCAAAAUUUUAACAAAUGUAGGAAUAUGUGUACGUUAAUACCUACAUUAUGGCCGAUAAAUUAUUGUUGAGUGACUUACACAGCUUGUUGGCUCCGUUAUUACGUUACAGAAUAUAUGAAACUAAACUUCUCGCCAUUCCUUAAGUUCAACACUUAUAAUACUUAAUAUUUUGUUAGAUUUGAUAGCAUCUACUUUAUUUUCUCUUUCUCGCUACUCAGCUGUUAAAGCGCUCAACAGUAAUUUAUCUUUGAAACCUUCAUUUGUUUUCAUAAAAUAGUUUUGUUUUACAACGGAAAAAAGUAGACUAUAAACAGAGUCCAAAUUUGUACGGAAAUAAAAUAGUAAAAAUCGCACAAAUCUCGCACUUUGUUAUAACAAAACUAAAAUAUAAAGUAAAGUAUGCUGAACAGUACGUAGGUACCAUAAACCAUGUUAUUUUAUUUAUUUAUUGGAUAUUUUCUACUUUAAUUUUGUUUAUUGUGAAAAUUGUACUUAGGAACUAAUUAAACUGUAAAUAAUUCCAAUGAAUUAUAAAAUAAUGUGGUAUAUUUUUAAAUAAUUUACAUUUAAUGGUAUAUCAGUCACUAUCAAGUUGAUUAUAACUACGUAUAUUUGAAUAUUGUAUAAAAUCGACACCUAAGAGAGAUUGACGGUCAUAAUAAAUAAUGUAAGUACAAUAUGUUACUUGUGGUACAGCAAGGUAAGCAAUAUUAUCACUGUAUGUAUUUAAUACCUUUUGCUACUAUUAUGUAUAAAUAUAAUGUACCCGCAUACACCUCGUAAGGAGUAUAGGUAAUAUUGUAAACUACUUAAUGCGCCAGAACUUACCUACAUACUGUAAAGGCCUGUAAUUUUGUACACCUUGAUCGAUAAUAAUUAUUUUACAACACCAAAUUCAUUAAAACGGGAGUAAAAGUAUAAAUUGUGGUUUUAUUAAUAUUUCUUACCCUAAUACAAAA